ACCACGUCAGGUCAAAUUCAAGUAUGAGCGCCUUAAUUCUGUGUGUUGAACAAUAGAAAUGUAAUGAUUCCUUCUCAGGUUGCUGUCAAGGCUUUGCGUUUUCUGCCUAGCGCGGAUGAUAUCAGGAGAAUCCGUCGAGAGAUCAAAAUAUGGAUGAAAUUAAAACAUCGGAAUAUCGUGCCAUUCAUAGGCGUAACAGCGAGAUUUGGACCCCCCGAGACCAUCUCUCUCGUUUCGCCCUGGAUACCCAAUGGAACAUUGACAAAUUUCUUGGACACCUAUGGUGGAAAUUCAUCACUGAUAUCGAAGUUAUGGCUGCUUCAUGAUGUCGCAGCUGGUUUAAACUACUUACACUCAUUCCCUCUCAUCCACGGAGAUCUCACCGGUAGCAAUAUCUUGAUAAAUGCAGAAGGCAUGGCGUGCCUUGUGGAUUUUGGACUUUCUACCGUGAUAGGAGGACUUGAAGGUGGAUCUUCGAUUGCCCCGUCAUCCUGCCGUCCCGGUGCAAUACGGUGGACCGCUCCCGAGCUUCUUGGAGAUCCAGAGAUUUCCUAUUUGCCUACACCAAAAAGUGACAUAUAUUCUUUUGGUAGCGUGAUGCUACAGAUCCUCUCUAACAGAUUUCCGUGGUAUACAGAUAGAGGCAUCAUGGCUGAAUUUCGUAUCAUAGCAAAGCUGCUUGUAGGAGAAACUCCGCCUCGGCCGGAUGAUCCAUGCAUUUCAGAGAAACACUGGGCUCUUAUCUCGGAAUGCUGGCGCCCGAUCUCGAGCACGGAAAGUCGUCCGACAACUGUACAAUUAGUCGACACUAUCAGUAAAGACAUUGCCAAUUGUUCAGGUGAAACAAACGACGCGUGCCGUGUAUUCCGUUCCGAGAAGUCUCCUCUAAUGGUGCACAAAGACUCUCAUCCUCCCUCCAAACCGUUACCUGGACCCAUGAGACACAGACAGCAGCAGCCGAAGUUAUCACGCCCGACUGUAGAUGAUUCUGUGGAUUCAAUUUUCGCAUUUUAUCCCCCAGACCCCGAGAACAAGACGGUUGUGCCUCAUGCUCCUGGAGAGUUGUUGCGACAAGAGUACACCGAACCUUGUCACAGAUAUCCUCCCAUAAACACGCUUUUCGUGGAUAAUCUCCCUAGGAGCACAGGGGAUUAUGGUGACUAUCUUGAAACUCGAUUAAGAGCCUUGUUUUCUCUGCGCCCGGGAUAUAGAAGAUUACUAUUCACUCGCAAGAGUGACGGGCGAAUGAUGUGUUUUGUCGACUUUCAGGAUGUACAUCAUGCCACGAUGUCUCUCAAUGACCUCACUGGCUCCACGCUCGACGGGCUCAUAAGAAACGGUGGUAUCCGUCUGACGUAUAGUAAAACAUGCAUGGCUUCCCGAAGGCCAUAUAGUGCGGGUACGGGUGCAUAUGCAACUCCUCCAAGCUUCGAAGCCUGAGUAUGAUACUUAUUAUUAAUUAGCAUGUUUGAUAAUACAUCUCAGCCAUUAUUUUACAACGUAACCCGCAUAUCCUGGUCUUCAAGUAGCCAGUUGUAUGAAAUUCUAU